UGACUGCAAAACAGAACACAGACUGUGUGUGAGACUAAGGAGGAAAGACAGGUUUGAUUCCUGUUUUCCAAAGGAAAUAAGAUACAUAUCAGAAAAAGAGUCAAAUUUUAUCUCUGCUCUGACAAGAGAAUUAGAAAACCUGUAGUUUCCCAUUUAGGCAACACCAGCACGCCAGUCCACUGAGAGGAAAGGGAGAAGGCUGCUUUCAUUUUCACUACCUUUCCUGCCCAGAGAGCCAGAGCAGCAAUGGCUGCAGUGAGCAAGUCAGCCACAAUGUGAGCUCUCAGUCUCAGAAUACAGACCCACCCUGCCAGGCCGGGCCAGGGAAACAAACAAGCCCUCUUCCAUAGGUGAGAAGAGAUCACCACAAGACCCAGUCAACGACAUAAAGGUGAUUGCCAGCACCAUGUUUGGUAGCUUCUUGGAGGACUUGAGGGAAAAGAAGGUGUUAGAUAAGAAAGAGCUACAAACAAUAGGGAAAAAAGUGAAUGUCAUCGUGAAUAAGACUGAAAACCUGGUUGACGAUCUCACUGAGAAAACUCAAGUGGUAGGCAAAAUACUUACGGACCAUUUCGUCAAUUCCAGGAGCCUGCUGAGUUUAAAAUCUCAUGCUGAAAAUGAGGAUGAUGAAUCUGAGAGCAGCAAGUCUUCUUCUUCUCUGACAGAAUCUCAUGCUGAAAAUGAGGAUGAUGAAUCUGAGAGCAGCAAGUCUUCUUCUUCUCUGACAGAAUCUCAUGCUGAAAAUGAGGAUGAUGAAUCUGAGAGCAGCAAGUCUUCUUCUUCUCUGACAGUUAUUCAGGAACUCCAGGCUUCCCAAACGGACGUGCUGAAGCUUUGUCCCUGUAAGCAUUCUCAGGAACCGAAGACUAUAAGAGCACAGGAGAUAUAUCCAGUGAUGGAGAAGGAGGGCCGAACACGCCUGGCCCUCAUCAUUUGCAACAAAGUUUUUGACUAUCUUUCUGAUCGAGAAGGCUCUGAAAAUGACAUUUUGGGGAUGCAAGGCCUGCUUGAGAACCUUGGAUAUUUGGUGGUUAUUAAGGAAAAUCUCACAGCUCUGGAAAUGAAAGAGGAGCUGAAGGACUUCGCUGCCCGCCAAGAGCACCAGUUCUCCGACAGCACGUUCCUGGUGUUCAUGUCCCACGGCACCCUGGAUGGAAUCUGUGGCACAAAGCACAGAGACGAAGAGCCAGACAUUCUCCCUGAUGACACCAUCUUCCAGAUUUUCAACAACCGUAGCUGCCGGAGUCUCAAGGACAAGCCCAAGGUCAUCAUCACGCAGGCCUGCCGUGGCAGAGGUGACGGGGCCAUCUGGGUGACCGAUAUGGGAGAAGCGUUAGCGUGGACGUAUUACCAGCCCUUGCAGCGCUACGUCUCCAGUGAUGCCAUAGAAAAGACCCACGUGGAGAAGGACUUCAUUGCUUUCAAAUCUUCAACUCCACAUAAUGUUUCUUGGAGAUUGAACACAGAGGGCUCGGUCUUCAUUUCCCACCUUAUCCACUACUUAGGAGAGUAUUCUUGUUGUCACCAUUUGGAGGAGAUUUUCCGAAAGGUUCAAAAUGCAUUUGAGAAGCCGAAUAUAAUGAUCCAGAUGCCCACGGUCGAGAGAUUAUCCAUGACACGAUAUUUCUACCUCUUUCCUGGGAACUAAAAUCCAUAUGAAGCAUCUCAGGAAAAUCAAGCCAUUACGUUCUCUGUGAAUCUACUAUUUUAAAAGGUUACUGUUUGAUCGUGAAUAUUUUUAUACCAAACUUCCCACCUGCCCACCCUCAACCAAUGCCAUGCUCAAACCAUGGUCAUGGUGUUGUUUAGUUAGUGCUUAAUAAAUUUUUUUAAAAUAA